GAAAACCUACGGUAUACAUCAGCCUGCCCACGUUUAUUACCCACGGCCUGGAAGAAGCAGUUCUUGGGCCCCAGUUUGACUUUUGGCCCUUCUUCUCGUAGUUUCGGCUGUCUGCUUCUUUAGCUGCUCCGUUCUCGCAUCAACUUGUAAGAGUAGAUAUAACAGGCCCCCGUUGAGGGGGCUCGGAGCCAGGAGAGCCCCCGAUUCAGCGCAAGCUGUGAAAUGGCUGAAGCACCGAUUCCGUUCCCCGCGGACUUGCGGACGGUGCGGCCUUCAGUGGAUGCGUACCUCUCUAGCAAGCUGCGGCAGUUUGGCGGGAUCCUAGCGCGUCAGGUCAAUCCAGGACUGAAUGGAGACCAGAUCCGGCACGCCAUCGACCACGCUAUGGCGUAUAUGAUGCAGCAGGACGCAGCGGCCGCGCCCCAGCGGUCGUUGCGCCUGGUUAUCCGGCACGACUGCCAGUCCACCGGCUGCGGCGACACCAACUGCAUCCUGUGCCAGUACAACCCCAGCCGGCUGUGCACGCGCAACGUGAAGCAGAAGUACCUGAUCGACGACCACCUGAAGGCCAAGUGCAGCGCGCCGCUGCGGGUGGAGCUGGUGGACGACCAGGGCAACUGCCACACGGAGGGCCUGCCGCAGGGCGUGCAGCUCGAGAUGCACGUGCUGAACGGCGAGAAGUACAAGGAGCUGUGUCCGGACAACACGCUGUUGUCCAUCGGCGCCAUCAAGAACUGCAUCAUCAGCCACCACACCAAGGCGCUGCUGCGGCGGGAGGGCAUGAGCGACGACCAGCUGCGUGUGUACCUGCCGCUGGAGCGCGGCGCCGCCACGCUGUCCGACCUGUCCCUCACCACCAGCAGCGAGGCGCUGCUGAGCGGCAAGGCGCCCACCUUCCGGCUGCUGGUGUGGGCGGUGGAGCCGAACGGCGAGCCGGUGCCCUACGUGACGUACGUGGUGUCGGAGAGCUUCGUGGUGGCCACCAAGCGCGUGAAGCACGCCAUCAAGAGCGACAUCCCGUCCGUGGGCGACCACAUCUCCAAGCUGCUGCACAUCGGCAAGGCCACGGUGGACAAACUGAUGGACCUGCGCGCCGCCUUCCAGGAGGAGGGCUUCGACGUGAAGCUGCCAGACGCGCUGGUGCGUGUGGAGAAGGUGGGGCAGUUCCGGACGCUGGUGGAGAUGAGCGAAGCCAACAACGACCUCAAGAACAAGCUGCGCCACGUGCUCAAGCUGUCGCCUGAGAAGUGGGACGAGGUGUGCCAGCACGCGCUGAGCGCAGUGGUGCCCGACUUCCGCAACCGCGUGUGGUGGUGGACGCCACUGCGCCUGGGGCUGCUGUACCAGUGCAAGAACGGAGCCAUCGUGAUGGAGAACCCCAUCGGCAUUGUGCGCAUCGGCGCCAGCCCCGACGGCUCCAACGCCGUGGUGUCGCUGCAGAGCCUGUCGCCCGCGGACUUCAACGCCGUGCCCAAGCUAAAGCAGCAGGCGCUGCAGAACUGGUAUAUGUCCAACCACCCCAACUGGGCCAUCUACGACGCCCCAACCGACGACGGCACCGGCGGCCCGCCCGGCGGCCUGCCGGUGGGGACGGCCCCGCCGGCAUCGAUGCCGCCGCCCAUGCCUGUUGGCCCCGGGGGCCCGGGCAUGGCGCCGGGUCCGGGCAUGCCUGGCGGCCCAGGCGGCUCGCCGCUGAUGGCGCAGAUGGGCGGGGCUCCCGGCAUGGUGCCCGCGGGCAUGGCGCCGGGCCCGGCGGGCGGCAUGCCGGUCAUGGCGGGCGCACCCGGCAUGGCGCCGGGCUUCGGCGGCGCUGAAAUGUACGGCGGUGGCGCCAUGCAGUACGGCGCGCCCGACGGCAGCGCCAUGCAGUACGUGCCGGCGGCGGCCGGCAUGGGCGGCGGCAUGGGCAUUCCCGGCAUGCCGAUGCAGGGCCAGCACCGCGCCAGCAACUCCUCACCCUUCGCGCUGAUGCAGGGCGGUGCCCCUGCACCGCAGCAGCAGCAGCAGCCGCAGGGCGUGCCAGGCGUGCCGGCCUCGGGCUCUACUGGGAACCUGUCAGCUCAGACCAUGCCGCAGCAGCAGCAGGGGCCGCCGAACGCAACAGGCGGCCCGGGCGGGCCGCAGGCGCUGCCGGGGCACGUGCUGCAGGGCGGGCCCACGGCGUCGGGCGGCAGCGUUGGCAGCGCGGGCCGGUCUGCGUUCGCGGUUGACAUGAUGAUGCACAACAUUGCGGACGCGUUUCCGAAGUUUCCAGGCCAGGCGCCGCAGCAGCAGGCCGCAGCGCCGGGGCAGCAGCCACCGGGCGGCGCCGGCGCGCCGCAGCAGGGCCCCGCGGACGGCAACCCAGGCACCUCGGCCGGCGGCGCGCCCAUGGGCGGCGCUCCCGGUGCCCCGCAUGGCACCGGUGGCCACCACGCCCAGGGCCCUGGCUCGCUCAUGUACCCGGGCGGGGUGGGCUCGCUGGGCAUCCCCAGCCUGGAGAUGCUCAAAACGGAGGAGCUGAUGGACCGCGGCAUGUCCUCACUGUUCGGGGGCGGCGGCGGCGGCGGGCUCACAGGCAACGACACCUUCCGCUCCACAGACUGGCUGCAGCAGCUGCACGGCGGUGCGGGAGCCAGCGGUGCGGGACCGCAGGGCCUGGCGGGGGUCAACUCCUACACCAUGAUUGACGUGGGGCCGGGGGCGGGUGCGUCGGCCGGCGGCGCACUGAUCGGCGGCGACGGCGGCGGUGCGCCAGGGCAGGGGCCACAGUCGGGCGGGCCGCAGGGGCAGGGGCAGGCGCAGGGCAUGCCUGCCGGCCUGGACCAUGAGCGGCGGUUGUCGCUUAAGCUCAAUAGCAUGUCGCUGGAUUUGGACAAGGUGAUCGCGGAGCACACUGGCUCUUAGAGUGUUAGGUGGAUUGUUGUGGUCGGUACGUCGUGAGAUUCGUGCCGGCACCUGCAAGCGGGGGGCGAGGCAGAGGGGCCACCUGCAGGCCAGAGAGGCACAUGCGGUUGAGGGGAGGAAUGUGUUGGGGAAGAAGCUCGCAGCUGAUGCUGCCGGAGCCGCAAUACUACUACUCGUGAACUUGGAUUAGUGCUGCUUGUGUGGUUGGGUGCCUUUGAGUGGCCGUGCCUGGAGACUCGUGGUGUUGUAGCUGAGGGCCAGGGGAGGCCUCUGCCAAUGAAGAGAAGACUGGUGAGCGCAUGCACUGGGAACUUGGGGCCGCACGGGGCCGCUGAUAGUUGUGUCCGAGGCCCAAUCCUUGGAUGUCGCGUCAUCGCGUGACCUUGUGGAGGGUUUCUGCGUCCGUUGUGGUCUUGCUGCUUCACAAUAUCCAGCACUUACUUCAUCAGUUGCACUGUCUGUCCACGAACACAAACGCGAACACC